CAGUUCGACGAGUUGCUCGAUUUGCAGACGGAUUCUGAGCCGACUUUUAUGGAGGAAAUCGUGGAGAUGUAUUGCGACGAUUCGCAAACCAUGCUGGACGAACUGAAAGAGAUUUUGAACGAUGAAGAAAAGAGAACGACGGAAGGUUUCGAUACGGCGCGCGCAACCUUGCACAAGCUCCGCGGGGCGUCCUCGACGCUCGGCGCUGAGGGGAUCCAACACACGUGCGAAUCGCUCCGAGAGGCCAUCGUGGCAGAAGCGCGGGAC